CUCACAUUUCUGCCACUGCAUUGCUGCAGAAAGCAGCACAGAUGGGUGCAAAAAGCAGCAGCCAAUGCCCAUCACCUGCUGGUAUGUUUAUCAGACCCCACCAAGCUCACGUGUCUGCUGGUGAUUCUUCUCACAGUGGAACAACUGGUAAUUUUGGUCUAAACUUGUCGUCCUCACGUGAUGAGUUCAUCAAUGGCUUGUCUUCAUAUGGGAAUAAAGCUGCUCCAGUCACAGGCGGUGCUCCAGCCACAGCUGCAUCAGCAUCAGGUGGCCCUCUCCCUCCCCCUCAUCAUCAUCCUUCUCUACUUCAUGAUAUGAUGAUCAACAACACCGGAUUUGAUCAAGAAUCAAGUUUUGAAGACAUGGGAUUUGCUGGAAUCUUGAUCAAUCAUCACCCAUCAAAAAAAGAUCACCAAGAUUUGAGUUUUCAUGCAACCCUUGAUCAGUUUAGCACUAGAAAUAGCAGCAAUGAAGCUGCAGGGAUUAACAGUGAAGGAAUGACAAGAGAUUUCUUGGGAUUAAGGCCUUUAUCUCAAAGUGACAUUCUAAGCAUAGCUGGUUUGAGCAAUUGCAUGAACAAUAAUGCUUGUAAUGAGGAUCAGAACCAAACCCAAAAAUCUUGGCAAGGUUAGAUCUUUUGAGGACCCUUGAUUUCAAUUUCCCUUUUCUUUUUGAAUUUUGAUCACUUUUGUUUAAUUCCCUCUUAAUGGGGAGAAACUACUGUUCAAAGUUGAAACCCUAGCUCAUAUAUAUCUCAACUCUCUUCAAAUGUUUUCUUGCUGCAGCUUAA